AUGUUCAGCUUGAUGCAGCUGUUGCUGACCUUCACGAUUGGCUUCGUCGGCUUCAGCUCCCAAUGUGUCAUGACAAUCGGGAUGCAGAAGGAGAAGUCAGCCACUGCCUCUCUGGUUCGACAGAGCCUCUGCCCAGUCUUCGCGCUUCUCUGGCAGGGCCUCUUCUUCCCAGACGAAAGCUUAUCGUGGACGAGCUUUGCAGGCUUUUGCACCAUCUUGCUGGGCCUGGCAGUUACAGUGGUCUUCAAAGCUUUCAGAGAGAGCUCUCACAAGCCCAAGCUGUACUAUUCGCACGUGCAAUCAGAGGAGAAGCCAGAGACGCAAGACAUGCAAGAGGAUGGUACUCCCUCAAAAUUGGAUCACACCCAGUGCUUGCCGUCUUUGGCACGCGAUUCACGCGAUCCUGCUCUGAAUGUCCUGGGGAAAAGGAGCUUCUUUGAUGAGGCACCUGGGGUGGAUCGCGAAAAUGAGAUGAUCGAAUUGCUUCAGAAGGAAGGCUUCAGCAGAAGACAGGCGGUUCUUGCGCUGGAGGAGGUGGGCUGGUCCAGCCCGAAGGCCGCGCUGGACAUUCUUUUGGACUGCAAAUACGGUGAUGCUGCCUUGCAGCGCAGUGGCGACACUGUCGAGGAUCGUUGA